AUGUGUUCUUCUUCUUCCUCUACCUCCUUAUUCCUUCUCCUCACCCUUAUCAAUAAAGUUUCGGGCUCCGGGUACCUGGAGCUGACCCUUCGGAGUCCGUGGAAACAGGAAGUGGCCGUGAGUGUUUAUCAGGCUUCCAGUGCAUUCGGAUCUAUAAAAUCUGCACUGCUGAGGCCAAACGAAGCGAGUUCACUGAAGUUCCCAGUCAACUAUAAUCAAACCGCGAAGAUCGUGAUCACGGUGGGCGGAUCUCCGAACUACGGACUCCAGAGCACUAGGCUCGACGCCCUGCUCACGCCGAUCAGAGGAGUUCUGACUCCGGAGAAGGUGCCGGCACCGUUCGACGGAUUCAAGAUCGGUUUUGAGUGUGACACGUAGGCGGACUCCAAGUUUCCACCAAGACAGGCCGAUUUCAGAAAUUAUUACGGAGAACAUUGCUAUCAAUUCUGCAACAAUGAAGUCGCACUUAAGUAUGGAAAACGAUGCAAUUCAGCCGGAUUCACAUCGUGUCCUCAUGGCUUCAUGGGUCAAUCAUGCAUCGAAAGUGAGUACUUGAGCAUCCGAUCUUCGGUCCCAACCCGAUGGUUUCAGUGAUUCGUCACCAGGACUGUCCUUGCCAGAACAACGGUCAAUGUGCCACGUCGUUCCUGUCCGAGUCUCAGGAAGUUCCCCUUUGCGAGUGUUCCGAGGGAUUCUAUGGGCCCGUGUGCCAGAGUCCGAGGGACGUUCGGAACGUCACCUUCACCACCAACUACACGCCCGAAUUUAGAUUCGUUCCGCAGAUAAUCGAGAAGUAUUACAAUGGAAUGAAAAUGGAGAACCGGCUGAUUUCGGUCAAGAAGCGAGUGAAUAUUGCGAUGGAAAGGCGGAGUGUCUGA